CCGGCAAGAUACCACCGUGUUUCUUGUUAUAGGUCAAAACGCGCAACAAGUGAAAAGACCAACAGCCGCAAACAUGUCUCGUUUCUUCCACGGUGGCGGCAGCGACAGCGAAACCAGCUCCUCUGACGAGGAGGAGCUUUACAGCGAUCGCGAGGAGGAGGAGGAGCAGUCCGAAGAGGAAGAAUCUAGUGAUGAAUAUUCCGAAGAGGAGGACUCUGAGGAGGAGUCCAGCGAAGAUGAGGAUCGACCAAAAAAGACUGGUGCUAAUAUUUUCUUGAAGGAUGAGGGUGAAGAUACCGAUGAGAGUGAAGAUGAAGAUAGGGUGACUGUUGUCAAGAGUGCAAAGGAUAAGCGACUUGAGGAAUUAGAGAGCACCGUUAAGCUCAUUGAAAAUGCUGAGAAAAUUGGCGACUGGGCUGUUAUCUCGACUGAGUUCGAUAAGCUCAACCGACAGCUUCUUAAGAUUACUCAGUCGGGGCCUACACCAAAGAUUUAUAUCAAAGCUAUUGCCGAUCUUGAGGAUUUCAUGAACGAGACCAUUGCAAAGCAAAAAACUACUGGGAAGAAGAUGAAUGCGAGCAACACCAAAGGUCUUAAUGCCGUCCGACAACGUAUCAAGAAGAAUAACAAGGACUAUCAAGCCGAAAUCGAUAAGUACCGAGAGGACAAGGAUGGCUACAUGGAAGCCGUUGAAGCAGAGGAGGUCAAGAUCGAGAAACCAUCCCGACUUCGCGUUACUCCCACUCUCGAUGCGCUCACCAUUGCUGACGAUGAAGGUUUCUCGACCGUUGGCCGUCAUGGCAAGACCUUACAAUACACUCCCGAAAGCAUCCUCAAACACUUGCGUAUCAUUGUCGAAUCUCGAGGAAAGAAGAACACAGACCGUUUGGAGCAAAUUCGCACCAUGGAGAAGUUGCUCGAAGUCUCUCAGACUCCCUAUCAACAAAUUCGUGUCUACCUUACUCUUAUUGCCACUCGUUUCGACCUCACAUCCUCAUCUACCGCUAACCACAUGAGCCCUGAGCAAUGGAAACUGGCGGAGGGAGAGUUCUCUAAACUUCUCGGUGUUCUCGAAGAGAACCGCAACCAUAUAGUAUUUGAGGGUGCUGAGGAGUGGGAGGAUGAUGACAAGCUUCCUCAAGUUGCUGAGGGAGAAGUUCUCCGUAUCCCGGGAAGCAUUGUAUCCUUCGUCGAGCGCCUGGAUGAUGAGCUUACCCGAUCACUUCAGCACAUUGACCCGCACACUGCUGAAUAUAUUGAGCGACUUGGUGAUGAGCAGGCAUUGUACACCGCUCUCCUCCGUACACAACUGUAUGUUGAGGAACUUGGCAAGACCGACAAGAGCGAGCCCAGACAGGAUAGCCUCAACCGGGUCGUCAUCAGAAGGUUGGAGCACGUAUACUUCAAGCCUUCCCAAGUCGUGUCCAUUUUGGAAGAUGCUACCUGGAAAGCAAUCCCCCAGAAGUUGGAGUCCACCAUCACUCCUCGUUCAUCGACCUCCGAUGUUCCUGCCUUGGUUCAGACUCUGUGCAACUACCUGUUCAGGUAUAGCGAUGGCAUCAUCCGUGCUCGCGCAAUGCUUUGCCAGAUCUAUUUCCUUGCUCUUCACGAAAACUACUACCGCGCUCGUGAUCUUAUGCUCAUGUCUCACUUGUCAGAGAACAUUGCCAACUUUGACGUCAGCACACAAAUCCUCUUCAACAGGACCCUUGUUCAGAUCGGUCUAUGCGCUUUCCGCGCUGGUUUGAUCUAUGAGGCCCAGAACACACUUUCUGAUAUCUGCGGUAGCGGACGUCAGAAAGAACUCCUUGCACAGGGUAUCAUUCUUCAGAGAUACUCCACUGUCUCGCCAGAGCAGGAGAAGCUUGAGCGCCAGCGUCAACUGCCAUUCCACAUGCACAUCAACUUGGAGCUUUUAGAGUGCAUUUACCUCACAUCAAGCAUGUUCUUGGAAGUUCCACUUAUGGCACAGACAUCUUCCAGCCCCGAGAUGAAGCGACGCGUUAUCUCCAAGACCUUCCGUCGUAUGCUCGACUACAACGAACGACAAGUCUUCACAGGUCCUCCUGAAAACACCCGAGACGGCGUCAUCAUGAGCGCCAAGUUUUUGGCUGCCGGUGACUGGAAGAAGGCCACCGAGCUAUUGAACUCGAUCAAGAUUUGGGACUUGAUGGCUCAACCCGACAAGAUCAAGGCCAUGCUCGCUGAACAGAUUCAAGAGGAAGGUCUGCGUACCUACCUAUUCACAUACGCACCUUUCUACGACACUCUAUCUGUCUCCACACUCGUAAACAUGUUCGAACUUUCAGAAAAGAAGGUCUCGUCUAUCGUCAGCCGCAUGAUCUCUCACGACGAACUCGCCGCAGCGCUCGACCAAGUCAACGACGCCAUCGUUUUCACCAAGGGCGUUGAACUCUCCCGUCUUCAAUCCCAGAUCGUCACUCUCGCCGACAAAUCCAUGUCUCUUCUCGAAGCCAACGAGAAGACGCUGGAGCAACGUACACAGGGUAUGGCAAACGCUUUCCAGAGAGAGCAAGGACCUGGUGCUCGUGGUGGCCGUGGCGGUCGUGGCGGUGGUCAAGCUCGUGGUGGAGCUAGAUUCCCUGGAGGUCAACAACGACGACCAGGCGGUCAACAAUUCGGCGGUGGUGCAUUGGGUGGUGCUAUUAAGGCAUAG